AUGGUGUUGACAAGUUGUUGUGAGGGUCAGUUUAUUCUUCAAGUGGGUUUCUACCGAAACACGUGUCCUGAAGCUGAGUCCAUUGUCCAUGGCGUAGUGAGAGACGCCGUUGCCUCUGACCCCAACAUGGCGGCGGCCUUGCUCAGGCUUCACUUCCAUGACUGCUUUGUUGAGGGAUGCGACGCUUCCAUUCUCAUCGACGUGUCAUCACAGCCGGAGAAGCUUGCAUUUGCUCAUCAAGGCCUCAGAGGCUUUGAGGUCAUUCAAAGAGCCAAGGCUCAAUUGGAAGCUUCUUGCCCUGCCCUUGUUUCUUGUGCUGACAUUCUCGCUUUGGCUGCCAGAGACGCCAUUGCUCUGACCAAUGGACCAACAUAUCAAGUUCCAACUGGGCGCAGAGAUGGUUUCGUUUCCAAUUUUAGCCUUGCAGAUGAAAUGCCUCAAGUUACUGAUUCUAUUCAGAUACUCAAGGCCAAGUUCCUCAACAAGGGUCUCACCCACAAAGACCUUGUUCUUCUCUCUGCUGCACAUACAAUUGGAACUACAGCAUGCUUCUUCAUGACAAAAAGGCUAUACAACUUCUUCCCGGGAGGUGUGGGAUCAGACCCAGCUAUCAACCCAAACUUCCUCCCAAGGCUGAAGGCUAGGUGCCCUCAAAACGGCGAUGUUAACGCUCGCCUCGCCAUCGAUGAAGGCGGUGGGACGGAAUUUGACAAACACAUUCUCAAGAACAUAAGGGAAGGUUUUGCUGUCUUAGAAUCUGAUGCUAGGCUUAAUGAUGAUAUAUUCACCAAGAGUGUUAUGGAUUCCUACUUUAGUCCCCUUAAUCCAAUUUUUGGACCUUCUUUUGAAGCUGAUUUUGUUGAGUCUAUUGUGAAAAUGGGCCAAAUUGGUGUCAAGACUGGUUUUCUUGGAGAGAAUAUUGGUGUUAUGAUUGGUGGCGAAUCCAAAAAAUUCUAG